AUGAGAGAACGCGCUGCUGCGCCCCUCCCAUCCCGCCGCGACCAAUGGGAGGCGGCGGUGUUGAGAGAGGCCAAGAUGGCGGCGGGCAGCGGGUGUUGCUUGCGGCCUUUCUCUUGCGAGCUGGGGCUCCUGUCGCGACCCGACGGCUCCGCCGCCUUCCUGCAGGGCGAUACCUCCGUGCUGGCCGCACUUUACGGCCCCGCCGAGGCCAAAGGGAACCGGGAGCUGCCGGAGCGGGUGGCGCUGGAGGUGCUGCUGCGGCCUAAAGUGGGGCUGCCGGGUGUGGGGGAGCGCAGCCGGGAGCAGCUCCUGCGCCGCACGCUUGAGGCCGUGCUCCUGGGGCGCCUGCACCCCCGCUGCGGGCUCAGCCUCAGCCUCCAGGUGCUCAGGGACGGCGGCUCCCUGCUCUCGUGCUGCCUCAACGCCGCCUGCAUGGGGCUGCUGGACGCGGGGCUGCCCUUGGCCUCCCUGUUCUGCGGCGUCGCCUGCGCCCUGCUCCCCGAUGGCUCCCUCGUGCUGGACCCCAGCAGCCAGCAGGAGAAGGAGGCUCGCGCCGUCCUCACCUUCGCCAUCGACAGCGCCGAGAAGAAGGUGCUCAUGGCCAGCACCAAAGGGAGCUGCUCCAUGGAGGAGAUGCAGCAGUGCAUCGCUGCAGCCCAGAGCGCCGCCGACACCAUCUUCCAGUUCUAUCGCGAUUCCAUCCGGAGGAGGUAUUCCAAGUCGUGACAUGGAAUUGCCCCCACACCCC